CCUCGGGGGCUGCUGCGCGCCCGCGCCUAGAGCUGCCGCCCCAGGGAGCCCGCCACGGCCGCGCCCCGGGCACGCUCGGCGGCGCCCAACGAUGACCGCUCCCUGGCGGCGCCUCCGGAGUCUGGUUUGGGAAUACUGGGCCGGGCUCCUCGUGUGCGCCUUCUGGAUCCCGGACUCGCGCGGGAUGCCCCACGUCAUCCGGAUCGGAGGAAUCUUUGAGUAUGCAGAUGGCCCCAACGCCCAGGUCAUGAAUGCUGAGGAGCAUGCCUUUCGAUUUUCUGCCAACAUCAUCAACAGGAACAGGACUCUGCUGCCCAACACAACCUUGACCUAUGAUAUCCAGAGGAUUCACUUUCACGACAGCUUCGAGGCCACCAAAAAGGCCUGUGACCAGCUGGCACUGGGGGUGGUGGCCAUCUUCGGGCCGUCACAGGGCUCCUGCACCAACGCGGUCCAGUCCAUCUGCAAUGCCCUGGAGGUGCCCCACAUUCAGCUACGCUGGAAGCACCACCCACUGGACAACAAGGACACCUUCUACGUGAACCUCUACCCCGACUACGCCUCUCUCAGCCACGCCAUCCUCGACCUGGUCCAGUACCUCAAGUGGCGAUCGGCCACCGUGGUCUAUGACGACAGUACAGGGCUCAUCCGACUGCAGGAGCUCAUCAUGGCCCCAUCGAGGUACAACAUUCGCCUGAAGAUCCGCCAGCUGCCCCUUGACUCCGAUGACUCACGCCCCCUACUCAAGGAGAUGAAGCGGGGCCGUGAAUUCCGCAUCAUCUUCGACUGCAGCCACACCAUGGCCGCCCAGAUCCUCAAGCAGGCCAUGGCCAUGGGCAUGAUGACGGAAUACUACCACUUUAUCUUCACCACUCUGGAUCUAUAUGCGUUAGACCUGGAGCCCUACCGCUACUCAGGGGUGAACCUGACAGGGUUCCGGAUCCUCAACGUGGACAACCCCCAUGUCUCGGCCAUCGUGGAGAAGUGGUCCAUGGAGAGGCUGCAGGCGGCUCCCCGGGCAGAGUCCGGCCUGUUGGACGGAGUGAUGAUGACUGACGCGGCCUUACUGUAUGAUGCCGUCCACAUCGUGUCUGUGUGCUACCAGCGGGCACCCCAGAUGACCGUGAACUCCCUGCAGUGCCAUCGGCACAAGGCCUGGCGCUUUGGCGGCCGCUUCAUGAACUUCAUCAAGGAGGCUCAAUGGGAAGGAUUAACUGGACGGAUUGUUUUCAACAAAACCAGUGGCUUACGGACGGAUUUUGAUCUGGACAUCAUCAGCCUGAAGGAGGACGGCCUGGAGAAGGUUGGGGUGUGGAGUCCUGCGGAGGGGCUCAACAUCACGGAGGUCGCCAAAGGCCGAGGCCCGAAUGUCACCGACUCUCUGACGAACAGGUCCCUCAUCGUCACCACCGUGCUGGAGGAGCCCUUUGUCAUGUUCCGGAAGUCCGACCGGACCCUGUUCGGGAAUGACCGCUUCGAGGGCUACUGCAUCGACCUGCUGAAGGAGCUGGCCCACAUCCUCGGUUUCUCCUACGAGAUCCGGCUGGUGGAGGACGGGAAGUACGGGGCACAGGACGACAAGGGCCAGUGGAACGGCAUGAUCAAGGAGCUCAUCGACCAUAAGGCAGAUCUGGCCGUGGCCCCCCUGACCAUCACCCAUGUCCGCGAGAAGGCCAUCGACUUCUCCAAGCCCUUCAUGACACUUGGUGUGAGCAUCCUGUAUCGAAAACCCAAUGGCACCAACCCUAGUGUCUUCUCCUUCCUCAACCCGCUGUCCCCAGACAUCUGGAUGUACGUGCUCCUCGCCUACCUGGGUGUCAGCUGUGUCCUCUUUGUCAUUGCCAGGUUCAGCCCUUACGAGUGGUACGAUGCACAUCCCUGCAACCCUGGCUCCGAGGUGGUGGAAAACAACUUCACUCUGCUCAACAGCUUCUGGUUCGGCAUGGGGUCCUUGAUGCAGCAAGGGUCGGAACUGAUGCCCAAAGCCCUGUCCACGCGCAUCAUCGGCGGCAUCUGGUGGUUCUUCACGCUCAUCAUCAUCUCCUCCUAUACGGCCAACCUGGCCGCCUUUCUGACCGUGGAGCGCAUGGAAUCUCCCAUCGACUCUGCUGAUGACCUGGCCAAGCAAACCAAAAUCGAGUAUGGGGCUGUCAAAGACGGGGCCACCAUGACCUUCUUCAAGAAAUCCAAGAUCUCCACCUUUGAGAAGAUGUGGGCCUUCAUGAGCAGCAAGCCCUCGGCGUUGGUGAAGAACAACGAGGAAGGCAUCCAGAGGACCCUGACGGCCGACUAUGCGCUGCUCAUGGAGUCCACGACCAUCGAGUACGUCACCCAGAGGAACUGCAACCUUACCCAGAUCGGGGGCCUCAUCGAUUCCAAGGGCUACGGCAUUGGCACACCCAUGGGCUCCCCGUACCGGGACAAGAUCACCAUUGCCAUCCUGCAGCUGCAGGAGGAAGACAAGCUCCACAUCAUGAAGGAGAAGUGGUGGCGAGGCAGCGGGUGUCCCGAGGAGGAAAACAAAGAGGCCAGCGCCCUGGGCGUCCAGAAGAUCGGGGGCAUCUUCAUCGUCCUGGCCGCCGGGCUGGUCCUGUCCGUGCUGGUGGCCGUGGGCGAGUUUGUGUACAAGCUCCGCAAAACAGCGGAGCGAGAGCAGCGCUCCUUCUGCAGCACCGUAGCCGAUGAGAUCCGUUUCUCCCUCACCUGCCAGCGUCGGGUCAAGCACAAGCCGCAGCCUCCCAUGAUGGUCAAGACUGACGCUGUCAUCAACAUGCACACAUUCAACGAUCGCCGGCUUCCGGGCAAGGACAGCAUGGCCUGCAGCACACCAUUGGCCCCUGUAUUCCCCUAAGCACAGGUGGGGUGGGGACCGAAGGCCUGGGGGCAGGGCGGAGGAAAGCAAAGGAGACUGGAAGGCACCUCCCCCGUGCCCACACUGGGCUUGGGGACCAGGGCCGUUGCCUGCCUGCUGGGCCAGGAGCCUUCUGCCCUUACCUACCAGGAGACCAGCAGGCCCCCACUUGCCUCUCAUUUCUUCUGUGGGUUUCUAAAGCUGCCAGCCGAGACAGCCAAGGCCAAAGGAAGCACAUGCCUCUCAGGCCAAACUCACCUGCCCCUCAAUUCUCCUCAACAGUCAGAAGUUCCUACCACGGCCCUGCAGAGGCCAAAGAAAAUGAGAAACAGCUCUUAUAUUGCCACUCUUUCCCCAUGAGCCCAGGCCUCCUGGGCCUUGACCGUGAGACCAGAGACAAACCUUGGGUACUUCAAGGGUUGUAGUGUGGCAGCCAUUGGGAGCUGAAGACGGGAUGGCCACCCCCCACGUCUUGAGCAGAAGGAAGACCUUCACCCUCAGAGGCUGUUCACAUAGUCCUGGUCUCAGGCAGCCCCCAUCUUUGCAAAGUUGAAGGCAGAAAGCCCCAUAGAGAAAAAGAGGAGUUUGCGGUAUGGGAGAGAGGAGAAUGCACAGAGGCCGCCAUCUUGAAUUCUUAUGGACAAUGUCCAGUGGCUCCCAUUCCUCAAGGAGGUCUCCAGGAGUAUAAAGUGGGGGGGGGGGAGUGGUCAGAGCAAAUUUUCUUUCUGGCCCGAGGGUAGAGGCCCCCCUGAAUCUCUCACAAAGGAUGACCAGAGAUUCAGUCAGUAUUUGAAGCCAGAAGAACAAUGGAUUCCAUGGAAAUCCCACAGGCCCUUGAGCCAUUGGGUCUCAUUUUGCUGGUCACUGGGCUGUUUUCUAAACCCUAGUGGCAUUUGAGAGCUUGGGCGCUUCACCAUCUACUCAUCAGCAACUCUCCCUUCCUGGCCAACUGACCUUGACCUCCUUCUGUCAUCUCGGAAGGAGAAGAGAAGCCUAGGUUGAAGUGAACGUCGUCACCCCUCCUCAAAAGAAGGAUCACAGUCCUGCUGCACAGGCUAACUUUGGGGUAGAUGGGGAAAGCCAGACGGUCCCUAAAGAACUCUUGGUGUCCUGGGCUUGCCAAACCUAAAGAUGCUCCCCGGUAAAAGAAAGUUUUCAGGGACAGAAUAUCAGAGCUCAUAGAGGCCCCAAGAACGGUGAAAGAAAAGCUGCCUCCUGGAUAAUUAACCAAAGACCCCACACAGAGACACAGGCCAUCUUGGCCCCAGUCUCUUGUCCAGAGCAGCUUGGACUUCGUGGGGUUGGGGGGUACAGCAAAGAAAUAGUCGCAGAUGGGCUCACAGUCGGGUGGACCAGAUGAUCUGUGGGUUCCAGCUAGGUAGAAUGGAUGCUCUAGAAGUCUUACGAUUCUAGAAAAGGAAUGAGAUGUGGAAGGGUUAGGAGCAAAGUGUCCUUAAAGAGAACAUGAUGGGGCCAGCAGGGCUUCCCAUUGCCGAGGGCAGAGGGCAGUCUCUGAGCAGGGGAGGGAGGGCUGGAGGUUCCGGACAGGGACCCAGAAGACACUAGUCACCGCCCUUCCUCCUCUGUCUUUUUUCUGCUCGGGGAGUCUGGUUAGGGAAGAGCUCCAUUGAGAUCUCGAGGGCCUUCUCAGUCGGGGUUAAGGGUAACCUCCAGUCCCACCCCCCAGGGACUCCCAAAGCAGGAGAGUGCAGUUGACUCGUGAUUAAUACUGUUCCUCCUCCAAGCUGUGAAGCUUGCAGGACCAGACCAGCUGGCUCCCGCAAUCCCCGCAGCUCCAACAGGCUGUGCGCUUGGGAGGCGGGAGAAGGGAGCUGGAUGUGCGGCAUCGCCAACACGUAAUGACAGGAAAAGCCAUGCUGUCGUGAGCUUCCAUGUGUAGGAGUGUGUGUGUGCGUGCAUAUAUGUGUAUCUUUGUGUGUGCGUGAGCUUUAGGGGCUGGGGCCGAAGGACAGAUUUGGACGUCUCACAGAGCCCAGGGCACGAAAUGAACACAAUCCCUGGGUUCUGACGUGUGUGUGCACACAUGUGUGUGCAUUUGGGAUGAGGGAGACAGAUCUGGACAAGCAGCAGAGCCCCCAUACAAGAAGCCAUGUCUUAAUGGGGUUCUGGUGAGUAUACAUAUGUGCACACGCGUGCACGAGUGGGUAUGCUUAUGUGUGCGUGUGUGUGUGCACGUGCGUGCACAUUUAUGCCCCAGUGGCAGAGGUUGGAGGACAGGAUAGAACCCGGAGCAUCGCCAAAUGUUGAAAAGGAGAAGCCAUGUCAUCAAGGGGUGCACGUGGGUGUGCGUGGGGGCUCGUGUGUGCAGCAGAGAGCAGGAGGGAGGACAGAAGCAGACAGACGGCCGGCACAGCUCAGUGCAUGUACGCAAGAAGCCAUGCGGAACUGGAGUUUCUCAGUGUUGGGGGGAACAUGCUCGCACACGUGUGUUCACACUGACACAUGUGCUCCCAGCUCGCAGCAGAAGCACAGAUGGACAGUCAGCAAGGCAGGGAACCAGGGUCUAUUUGCACUUCUGUUGUGGGGGAGAGAUCGUCGGUCACAAGGAUCUGUCGACAUCGUGUGCUCUUGGGUAUGACGCUCCGUGAACGUGCCGUGUGCUUCUGGGGCCGCGCGCAUACGUGGACUGGCGGGGGGAGAAAGAAAAGUGGCAUGGGCUGGGAAGAGGCUUCAUCGGUGGCGUGAACAGUCGUGGGCAUCAGAGGCACCAUUCCAUCGGGAACCCCCCCCUCCCCCAGAAAGUACUUAAGUGAUAGGGGUGACAAUGCUGCCCGACUCCGCCUCCCACUCAAGCCUUAUGUCCAUGUGUGCGGCGAAGGUGCAGACUCCGGCUGGUGCCCUCUGGCUUCGAGGCCAGCCCAGUGUUCAAAGUGCAGUGGAAACCGCUUCUGCCCAAGCGUGAGCUGUCGUCUCUCCCGGGGCAGAAGAGGUGCCGGGUGGCACUUCUGGGGCAGAAGGUUUUCCCGUGGAGGCGGACCAAGAGGAAGUCAAGACUGGGCCCGCCCUGCCAGCAGGUGCACCCCGGGGCUGCAGAGCGUGCCCGUGGGCACGCCCACACGCGGUGGCACUGAUGGAAGCGUAAAAGCUGGCUUUGACGGCACGGAAGACGGGACUCGCGCGAGCACCUGCCGGACCGCCCUCGUCUGGCCCCACACGCCUUCCCUUCACAGAAGACUGACCCCCGCCUUUCACCCGCGUCUCCCACCUGCCAUGCCAGUGCCUCCUCUCAGCCUGCUCAGCCUGGCCAAACUGAGGGGCCACCCCUCCCCAGCCACCCUGGGGAUUUGGGACGAUGAGCCCUCCUCCUCUCUCUCUCCCCUUGACCCGUUCCUGGUCUCUCUGCUGUGGACAGUUAAGAAAACCCUGACGGCUUUGUUGCCAUCAGGCGGCCCUACUCUGCGAGCGCCUCUCCAGGCGAAUAAGGCUCUCUUGGCAGGUGAGCUGACUCCGAGUCUCUGGAGGGUUGGAGGGCCUCCCCACCCCCACCUCACGGCCAAGACUGUCUCAACGAGAAGAGCACAUCCCGGCUUCCUCCCCAAUGCACUUGGCAGACAGACUGUGAUGGCCCAGAAUGGGGGAGGGGUGUGGCAGCAUCGGAUGAAGUUUCCACGUGGUGAGAAGUCACUCCCCUCCUUACACCGGAGGCGAGCAGGGGACAGACCCAGGCACACGCUCACGGAGAACAGUCAGAGGCUCCCUCCCUGCUUUCUUUUCCAGGGGUUACUGUGUGGAGUUUUGCAAAGCUGCUGCUUCGUGGCUCAGCAUGAGGCCGGUCCCUCCCCAAGCCUUUCUCAGCUGUAUGCACAAACAUCUGGAAGGUGGCCAGACUCUGGCCCAUGUCUGGACUGGUCCCGUGUGGAUAGCCAUCUGGAAGGGCCGAGGGAUCUGGACGAACAGCUGUGAGGACCUAACAUCUGGGACGGACCAACCCCUUGGACAGAUGCAAGAAAUGAGCCCAGUUCUGUGGACAGGUCUGGAAUAGACGCAUCCGGAACAGUCUCCCAGGCUGAGUGGACACAUCUGGAAGGGGCCCAGCUGCUUGCCGCCGUAGAAGGGCCCUGCCCUUUGUCCCCAUGCCAGUUUGGAUCGAGCUCUCAUUUUUCAGUCGUGGAUUUGCCCUGGAGUUAAGAUUUCAGAGCUGAGGCCAUAUGUGACGUCACAAAACUGUUUUUGGUAGAAGGUUAAUGUUCUGUACCAUAUAUAUAUGAAUGUAAAAAGAUAUAUAUAUAUAUGCUGUAUAUAUAUAUAUGUAUAUAUAUAUGCACAGUGUAUAUAUGACCCGUAGCCCAUGUGUAUACGCACCCCUCCCUGCACGUCUGCACACAGAGUGUACAUAACCCAGCCAGUAUGGGUGGGGACCAGGUGAGGGAUGGGGCGAUAGCAGCCAAGUCUGGAAUGGAGGCCACCUGGGGCAGGGGCCGCAGAGAGCCCCGCGGGGAUGGGGAGCACACAUCAGAGUUCCAAACCCUGAAGAAGAGGACCCUGUGGCUGGGAGGUGAGCCUUGCCCGGGCAGCCUCUGCUGGGGGUGGGGGCAGGGCAGGAGAGACCAACAGGCCUUGUGUCAGUCCGAGCGUGUCUACGGCCUGUGCCUGAGGAGUAAUGCCCUACCGGGACCUGGCUCCUGGGACCUCCGCCUGUCACAGUGGCCGGGCACGUGUCCGGCUCCACCCGGAAUACCCUCAAAGGCUGGAACAUUCUAGGCGGCGAAGGCCUCUGCCUCAGAUUCUCACCCCCACGCAGAGACGCAGUUCACAGCUAGGAAAAAAACGCUUUUCAGAGGGAAUGACCCCAGAGGCACUGUCAGCAUGCCAGUGCAAUGUCCCAGUGCCCUACUUAUGGACCCUGUCCCCAUCCCCUGCCUUCUAGAACAGAAGACCUCAAACCACCCUGCAGUGUGUCUCUGUUUUACAGAUCAAAACUCUGGGGCCUCCCGAUACGGGGAAGCGGCUGUAGUCAUGCCAGCAAGUUUGUCCCACUGCAGACAAUGUCCCCAGACCCAUUUGACCCAGAGACCAGCUGUUAGGGAGUGACCGAGGAGCCAGAGAUGCGAACAGUGCAGUGACACCGGUGAAAGAUGAGAAGCCAGCAAGGCCCUCUGGCCCUAGCACAGCCCACGCCAUCUGUCUGCCUCCUCUCCCUGUCUACACCUCCCCCGGCAGGGCGGUCGGCCGGGAGCACCGCCCCCCCCCCCCCCCCCCCACCAUACCUGCAGACCUCCGGCCCUGCCCCGCCUGGGUCUUCCUGUUCUACAUAAUGCCAGCCUUUUUGUUAGUGGUCCUGCCCUUGCCACCGGUCAGAGCACCUCUGGAGUCUGCAAGGGAGAAGGUACUAGAGUAGACUUCCGUGCGGUCAACAGCCCACCUUUUGCUCGGGUCCCACGCAUCAGGCUGGUGUGCACUAAUCUGCCUCUGGGGCCCCCCCGCCAGAGCACAUCUGAAUCUGGCCCCCCGAGGAGGGGCCUGUCCUGGCUCCAGGGGCCCUCAUGCCACUGUGCUCCAAACCCCCACCCCAUCUCUGCCUGGGCCGACUUCCUGGCUGGGCCUCCCUUGUCGGGGACUUGGGUUCCCCGCCCCAGGGCUGAGCCCCCAGACAGCGCCAUGUGAGACCCCUGGCCUGUCCCACCACCCAGACCAGAGUGCCUGGAUGCCCCCCUCUCCCACUCAACAUGGUUCCCACACACUGGUCUCUGGGCCAUUCAGGGGAUGCCCUUUGUGGACAUGCAGAAUUUCUAUGAAUAUAGUUUUUUGUAAACAUUUUGUAACGAUUUGGGUUUCAUAGUAACUGUGUUACUUGCCAAUCAUUCUAGGCUGAUGUAAAUAACUUUCCAAACAAAUCUGAUUAUUUUCCUUUUUAAGACACUGUGAUAUAUUAAAGUGCACAGUUUGCUGUAUGAAGUAAUAUGGUUUUAAAUUUUAAAUAAAGACAUGUUUCUAGAAAA